AAUAAUCGCAUCAUCACGCCAACUGAAUUCCCAACCUAAAACCAAACCGAAGGAAGCAACAGAAUAUCCCCCCCGGCCCCUUUCAACUCGUCUUCCUGCUCCGUCCGCCCUCCUCCUUCUUCCUCCUCCUCAUGUCGCCUCCUGUCCAUCUACAUCUUCUAUUCUAAUCCACCUCGAUCGAUCUUGUCUGCUCGAUUGGACCCUAGAUAGAUAGGAGAAAAGAGGAGAGCAUUUGUGGUUGGAUAACUGGGCGGAGCAGUUUCUCAUAUCGAAUUGAUCGAUUAAUUAAUACAUACUAAAUAUAUAUAUAUAGUUAUUAUAUACGCCAAGAGAAUAGAGGAACGCCGGCCGGUUUCAGUUGUCUCCUUCCUCCGAUCCCUCCCUGCCUGCCUCGGCGGCCGGCUGGGCUCGGGCGUUUUCCUUUUUUUCCCUUCCCAUGGAGGACGCCAAGAUGGGGAACGCCGCCACCAUCCGCGCCGUGCUCGCCAUCCUCCAGUGGUGGGGAUUCAACGUCACCGUCAUCAUCAUCAACAAGUGGAUCUUCCAGAAACUGGAGUUCAAGUUCCCUCUGACGGUGUCGUGCGUCCACUUCAUAUGCUCUUCUAUCGGAGCCUACAUCGCAAUCAAAGUUCUGAAAACAAAGCCACUGAUCGAGGUUGCCACGGAGGACCGAUGGAGAAGGAUAUUCCCAAUGUCAUUCGUGUUCUGCAUAAACAUUGUGCUGGGGAAUGUGAGCUUGCGGUACAUUCCGGUCUCCUUCAUGCAGACCAUAAAAUCUUUCACUCCUGCAACCACAGUGAUUCUUCAGUGGUUGGUGUGGAGGAAAUACUUCGAAUGGCGCAUCUGGGCUUCUUUGAUCCCUAUUGUGGGAGGCAUUCUUCUGACUUCGGUAACUGAGCUGAGCUUCAACACGUUUGGCUUCUGCGCCGCCAUGGUGGGCUGCCUGGCCACAUCCACAAAGACCAUUUUGGCAGAGUCACUGCUCCAUGGAUACAAAUUCGACAGCAUCAACACGGUGUACUACAUGGCUCCCUUUGCGACGAUGAUCCUGUCAGUGCCAGCCAUGGUGCUGGAGGGCAGCGGCGUGGUGAGCUGGCUCUACACGUACGAGUCCGUGGGGCCAGCGCUGGCGAUCAUCGUCACGUCGGGGGUGCUGGCCUUCUGCCUCAACUUCUCCAUCUUCUACGUGAUCCACUCGACGACGGCCGUGACGUUCAACGUGGCCGGCAACCUCAAGGUGGCCGUGGCGGUGCUGGUGUCGUGGAUGAUCUUCCGGAACCCCAUCUCGGCCAUGAACGCCGUCGGCUGCGCUGUCACGCUCGUCGGCUGCACCUUCUACGGCUACGUGAGGCACCUCAUCUCGCAGCAUCAGGCCACCGUGGCGACCGGCGGCGGCGGCCCCCGCACGCCCAGAGGCCGCUUGGAGAUGCUGCCGCUCACCGCCGAGAAGCAAGGCGACAAGAUAUAGCAGCAGCUGCUGCUGAGUGGAGAUGCUGCCACAGCUCUUCUUGUUCUUGGUCAUAUCAUAUCGUCAUUAGUAAUAGAGAAAGGAAAGGAAUAAACCAACAAGAUAUACACAUCUGAUCUGAAUAUCUGAUCGAUCUAACGGCAGUUUCAGUUUCAGAAUCCAUCGAUCAUCAGAGAUGACCUAAUAGUUGAGUUUUAGAGAAAUGGAUGGAAGCUGAGUUGGUGUAGUUGCCAAUUCUUUUUGCUCAUACACAUACUAGCAUCUUUUCUCUUGUCUUUUUUGUGUUUGUAUUGAUUGAUGAUGAUGAUAAAUUUGGCCAUCCAGAUUUUGGUAUUGUCAAUGUUGCUACAACUACUGCUGUAGCUGUCGAUUUCA